CCGGCGGCCGCGGCGCCGCUGCGGCGGCCGAGGGGCCGCGGGGCGCCGCGGGCACGGCGCGGCGGGCCGAGGACGGGGACCUCGACUGCGUUUUCUUUCCAAGACGACUUCGAGCUCGCGGAGAUCGGCAGCACGAGGCCCCCGUGCGGGCGCGAGGCGCUGCUCGCGGGCAUGUCGGCCAGGCUCGACGAGCACCGCGCCGCCGCCGAGAGGGACCUGCACACGGCGAGGCAGCUGCGCAGCGAGGCCGCGUCCUUCGCCCUCUGCGUGGAGCGCCUGCGGGAAAGGCUGCGGAGCGCGCGGGCGUCCCUGGGCCAGCCGGCGCAGGC